AUGACCAGCGUUCAGAUCAAGACGUUACUCAGCCCCCCUGAUGCAUCUCUGAGCGAAACACGAGCAUUGGAAUACCUUGACUCGAACUUCUCGACAUGGGAAUCAAUAGAGAAACUCUCAAGCCUUGAUGCCGAGGUCCAGCGCACUUUUGUUGAGGCUCGGGAUCUAGAGAAGCGCCUGGAAGACUCUCAAAAAUCAACGGAUAUUUUUAUUUAUGCGACAGUUCAACGAACAGGAUCUUUGCUCGACUCUGCGCAAGAGCUAUCCUUGAAAAGACAUCUCAUUGCAGAUGAUAUUCUGGCGUUGCGCGAUGAGCUAUCCCCUGUUGAUCCAAAAGGAAAACAGACUCUUCUCUCUGAACUGGAAGAGCUCCACAAACGCAUAGCCGAGCUUGAGGGGGCAAAGAACUAUUUACAGAUUCUGGAACGUGGUUUACAGUUAAGCGAAAAAGCGGUUCAGGCCAUUCGGCAGUCAGCUACGAUCGUAUUUACUACGGCUAUUCUGGACCCAUUCAGGGACCUCAGUAAUUUUGUGUCCAAGGCCGAUAGUCUACUCGCCAACGAAGACUCGGAAUCGGAAACACCUACAAUCGCAAAAUUCUUGCGAGACCUCAGGUCUAGCACGUGGAAGGAAAUCAAAGGGGUCUUUUCUAACCGUUUGGUCGAGGCUUCCGAGAAGUUGUCCUGGCCACUGCCAAUUAAUCUGACCGGUUCAUCUAGAUCACAUGUGGAAGCGUUUCAACAGGCAUUCAUAGAUUUACUAUCCUUGCAGGCUGAAGGCGAAGCAAUACAAACAAGAAAUGGAGCUAUAGAUAAUAGGAAUGAAAGGGAUGGCCUUUAUUCGUUGGAAGCACUCAUACUUCCCAUUGCGCUGCGCUUCAAGUUUCACUUUGAUGGGACCAGGCCAACAAAUCGGUUGGAUAAGCCAGAGUGGUACUUUACGCAUAUAUCGAACAUAUCCCAUGAGCACAGGGGGUUCAUGGAACACUUCAUACAACCUCUCAUCGACAAAUCGCCCUUUCAUGACAUCAAUGCUCAGAACGAAUUCACGCGGUUGCUGUUUCCCAUUCUUGCGCGCAAGAUUAGAAAGAGUGUGCCUCAACUCCUAGCUCAGCCAUCGCUGCUGGCCCACACUAUUUAUCAGGCGCUAUUGUUUGACGCAGCCGUGCGAGAAUCAAGUUUUACUCUGGCCAAUACUUGGGAGCACAGGGAGGCAAAGCAGCAUAAAGUCAAGGAGUGGCCAGGCGUCGCAGAUGUUAUACUAAGUCAUAAGUCAUGGUUUGAUGAAUGGAUGGAUGCGGAACGCCACUUUACUGAACAUCAGUACAAUGAAAUAAUCACUUCGCCUGAUGCAUUUGGUUUUAGCAAUGAUGGAAACGAAGAGUUCCAAGCUGACAUUCGACCUACUAAUUCAGCACGCCGAAUAAAGGCACUCCUCGAACAGGUUACAGAACGUUAUCAACCACUCCCUCACUACAACCAAAGAGCACGUUUUCUUAUUACCGUACAAGUGCCCAUUCUUGAAGCCUAUUACGCUCGUAUAUCAUCGUCACUAGACGCUUUUGAGACGCUGUCGUCCUCGUUCGUUCGUGCAGUUCCAGGGGCACUGGCCGGGCAAGUUGGAGCAGGGGUAGACGCACGAAAGCUUACUAGCGGUCAUGAAGGUCUUCAGCGCUUACUUAAAGCCUAUGCUAGUGCCUUCGCAAUUAAGGGAGCUAUGGAAGAAUGGGGGGAUAGCAUCUUUUUCUUAGAGCUUUGGACAGAAAUCAACGAAAGAUCGGCCCUCCGUGCCAAAGUUGACGCACACCCAUCUCUUCCUCAAACCGCACCUACAUCGACUGUUGAGGAAAUCCACGGAACGCUAUUCGAUGAGCUUAUCAGCCAGUACAAUUCUCUGGUGGCCCGAGCUGAAGAUAUGAUAAUUCGCCAUAUUUGUUCAGAGGUCGAAGGAGAGCUGAAGGGUUACUUUGCAAAGCAAUGGGAAUCCAGUAAAGACAAUGACGAAGGAUCAAUUGCGGUUCCGGCCACGCUGGUGUCUCCACUUACGAUCCUCACAACCCAUCUUUCCCUCCUAGUGAAAACCUUGCCUUCCCCAACCAGUGCCUCUUUGUACCGUCGAAUCGCAUCUUCGAUCGCCUCGCACAUCUUAUACAGGUCUGUACUUCAUUUCGGGCGUGGUCAUAUAGUUCCAUCUCGUGGAGCAGUGUUUGCGCGGGAGGUUCACUUGUGGAUUGAAGCCAGUCAGAUGGCAAUGCCUAACCGCCGCGUAGAAGCAGCAUGGCAACGCCUAAUAGACAGCGCGAAGUUGGUGUCGAUACCCGAAGGACCUGAAUUUGAAGCGGCCAAGAACGCAGUUUGGAGAGCAAGCGAUGAGCAGUGCGUAGAGUUUGCCGAAUUAAUAGGAGUGAAGAGCCUGAGCAGGAAGGAUAUGCAAGACGCUUUAAGAGCGAGGUCCGAUUGCUGA